UCCGAGGCAACAACAGAGAAAAUGCGCACUAACUUCGGUGGUAUUCAGUGGUGGAAAUGCCUUCGUGGAUGGUUAUGGUUAUCCGCCCGCGCUAGCUGUUUUGCAGUUAUGUUGUUGUUCCUGUUUCUUUUUCCAUGCAGCCUUGUUUUGUGUAAAAGUGCAAACGAUAAUAAUUAUAAUCACCUGAACUUUAACCGCAACAUCUACGAUAACUCAACGGUUACUGGUGGCAGUAGAGUAGCUAGUGAAGACAGUAAUGUAAUUCAUUCCUUCCGGUUUCGCGAUUUCGAGCCACGUACUUUGAACGAGUACACAUGGCCUGCGACGGAAAGAAGACCAGCAGAAGCAUCCGAGGGGAAGGUGAUGAAUAAUGAGGAAAAUGUUAGUAAACUCAAGGAAGAUGCGUCGGAAAAACGCAGGGCGCGUGGUAUACAUUUCGAAGCCGAUGGGAAAGACCUUUCCAUCAAUUUGGAGUUCAUUGUACCCCUCUUGCGGCUGCCCGUCUCACGUAGCUUGCAAUUAACCCAGUCAGCGUUUCGGAAAUUGGCCGAUUUGAACUCGGGUACCCUGCUACUAGGCGGUGGUUUUGCAGUUGUCGGUGCUUUUAUUGCGGCAGUACUGAAAACAGUUACCACACCUACAUUCUACGGAUAUGGCUAUAAAAAAGCCACGCGUGCAGCAGAUUUUAUGGAUACCUUCAAUUUUGUAAAUCAUGCUCCGCUGGACGAUGAAGGUGUUACGACAAAAACUACCAGUAAAGCGCAGGAAGUAUUAAAUGUUUUGGAACGAAAUCUGCAUGCUAACAAUAUAAAUAUAAGCGCUUGCGCACAGCAGGCAAUCUGCAAUUACGUGCACCGAUCCACAGCGGGCGUGCAUGGAGGGCGGGGAUCUCCCACUGAGCGCAUUGUCGAUGGGCUCGUCAACUUGGAUCUGCUAAAAGCCUAUCUGAAUGGCACCGCACUGAAGAAUGCUAUAGAUUUGGGGCGUACAAAGGACGCGGCCACUUGCGAGGCCGUUUAUCGAAAUUGCAGAUGGUCGAAAAUGCAAAAUACAGCAUGGAAAAUAGCUACGGACGUUUUUAACCAAAUAAGAGGCAAUGAUGUGGCAGUGGGUCUGGACUUUGAGCUACCUUUUAUGCAAGUGCCAAUGAAGCAUUAUAAGGAUAAACACGGAAAUUAUCCGGCAUUGGUAAAUAUCAACACGGCGUCGUUGAUAACCGGUGGUCUACUGGCCGGUGGCGGUACGAUUGUGGGGCAUCUUAUACGCUCACUGAAUUUAUUCCAAGGACACUCGAAGGAAGAUGAAGAUGAGAACGAAGAGGCGAAAGGUGGCAGUGAAGAGAGGGAAAACAAAACAUUUAUUGGGAAAAGCAAGGAAACAGAAGGCAGAGAAAAACGAUCGGAGGAUUAUUUAUACGAUGCCAAACAUAUAUUCGAUCACUUCAAAUUAGUGUACAAAAAUCAAACUGGCGAGAGAGUGGAGACCACAUUGCCCAACCUGUUUGCUCACAUCGAGGAGAAUUUCCUGGACAACGAAAUCGACAUAGGAGCUUGCGUGCAAAAGUCAAUUUGUUUGAUGCUACAGAAAUCUAGCAAAAAUGUGCAUCAAGGAAAAGCGACAAACUGGCAGAAAAUCGUUGACGGAAUCAGCAGCUUCGCAUGGCUUAUGGAUGUGCUAGUGCCCUACGAGGAACUAAGGAGAACCAUAAAGGCUGGCAAACUGAAAACGAGUACCAGUUGUGCGCUGGCAUAUCCCACAUGUCAAUGGUCAAACCCAGAAACACAGUUAGUUGAUUUGUUUGGAACUUAUGUAAACUUUGUUUAA